AUGAAUCAGGACGAGAACUCGACUGUACUAAGUGAACGAGCUGUGGCCUUCUCCGUAGAAGCUCUAUUGGGGUUAAAAGACGAAACUUCGGUCCAGUCAUCGUCAGGUUUUUUAGAAAGUAACAAACAAAAUGAGAUGAAAAAAAAAGUAAAAGGAAAUAAAAUUGAAAUGGAAUUAGUUGGAAGUGAACUCUGGUCCCAGUUUCAUGAAUUACAAAAUGAGAUGAUAAUUACAAAAAGUGGAAGAAGAAUAUUUCCCACGUUGAAAGUCCUUGUAAGCGGUUUGGAUCCAGAAAGUGACUACAUUAUGUGGAUUGAUAUCGUCCCUGUUGAUCAACUGCGUUAUAGGUAUCUUUAUCAUAGUUCUAGGUGGAUUGUAGCUGGUUCUGGCGACAGCUCUCACCCUAACUCAACUUAUAUACAUCCGGAUAGCCCUUCAUCAGGUAAAUACUGGAUGUCCCAUGCAGUUACGUUUGAUAAACUGAAACUUACCAAUGCAAAGGAGCCGAAAUCGAAAGGACAGAUUUCUCUCUUAUCGAUGCAUAAAUAUCAGCCAAGAAUUCAUAUCCAAAAAAUGACUGAAGGGAACACAGAUCCCUAUCCAAAAAUUAGUCUUUCUGAUUCUUUGACAUUUACUUUUCCAGAAACACAGUUUUUCACGGUGACAGCGUAUCAAAAUCAACAGAUCACAUACUUGAAAAUAGCCUGCAAUCCAUUUGCAAAAGGAUUCCGUGAAGUGACUAGUAGUCAAAGAAAAUUAGGACCCAGUUUUCUCAAUAAUCAGAAUAUAUUAGAUAGCAUCCAGUCUCAGAAUGAAGCAGAAUACACAAACUGUCAGAAAAGAAAGUACAUAUCAGGUAAUAAUGCUUUAAACAGCGAUAUGAAUGCAUUAACAAAUAAAAAACUGCACAGUUUUUCAUCUGUCUAUUCAUCUUAUUUAGAACAAGCAUUCGGAACGUACGGCUGGACUGAAGGAUAUUCAAAAGCAUGUCCUGAAAAGGAUUUUUUCAAUGUUCCUUAUAUUGUAUGCACAGAUUCUAGAAAUGUUUACCAAGAAUUGGGAACAGAUUCAUAUUUCAAGAAUUUAUACAUGGUGCCAUGGAAAGAAAAAAGUUCUUGGCUAAGACCUUCCUUAUCGUUUUGGGCAGAUUCUAUUGUCAAUCAAUACAGAUCAUCUGUCGAAAUGCCAAUUACAAAUAAAAACUUUCUGCCUCUAUCUGUUGACAUAGUCAGAAAUGUAUCGGCACAAAAUAAUCAUCAAAAUUAAUUUUCUUGACGAUUCUAUCAACCAUUUAUUUUAAAAAAGCAGCCUUGUACAGUUAAAAAUGUUUAUAUAUCUAUCGCAUUUUAAAAAUGAUGGGUUUUUGUUUUUUUGCAUUUAUAUGAAUAAAAAGUUCAAUUUA